UGGGAAUAGAUGGAGCGCUUAUGUCGGUCAUUGGGACUCAUUCCCAUCUCGCGCCUUCUGUUCCGCCCUCGCGCACCUGUGAGACCGCGCUUGGUAGCCCACACGCUGCCGAAGCAAUAUGUCCGCCUCAAAUCUACGGCAACUUCUCCAGCUCCACCUGACGAUGCUAUAGUUCUUCGCGACUACCAGGAAGAAUGCAUACAGUCAGUCUUGACACACGUGGAGCAAGGCCACAGGCGACUGGGGGUCUCCUUGGCGACAGGCUCCGGCAAAACUGUAAUCUUUACACAACUCAUUGGACGCAUCCCACCGCGGGGUAAAAACAGAGACCGGACUCUAAUCCUUGUCCAUCGUCGUGAACUUGUUGAACAAGCGUACCGGCAUUGUCGGCUCGCUUAUGGUCCCGACAAAAGAAUCGAGAUCGAAAUGGGAAAUGAACAGGCCGGGGGUGAUGCGGACAUCACCGUCGCAUCGGUUCGCAGUCUGGCAUCCCGCGAUCGGAUCCAUAAGUUUGAUCCCAGCUUCUUCAAGCUUCUCCUAGUCGACGAGGCCCACCACAUUGUUGCGCCGUCUUACCGCACUGUACUUGACUACUUCGGACUCAACCAGACGUCCCCGGAUUCCCCCGUGCUUGUCGGCGUGUCGGCGACGCUGUCGCGAUUUGACGGAUUGAAGCUGGGGAGCGCUAUCGACCACAUCGUCUAUCACAAGGAUUACAUGGACAUGAUCGACGAUAAAUGGCUCGCCAACGCGGUGUUCACCACCGUACAGUCGCAGGCGAACCUGUCCAGCGUGAGAAAGGACAAUUUCGGCGACUUCGCCGUGGGAUCCCUUUCCAAAGCUGUGAACACUGAUGUCACGAACAGCAUCACUGUGCGCGCAUGGCUUGCCAACGCGCAGGAUCGCAAGUCCACCUUGGUGUUCUGUGUUGAUAUCGAACAUGCCAGGCGCCUCACCGAGGCAUUCCGCGAAAUCGGAGUCGAUGCGCGGUACAUCACUGGGAAAACUGACAAGAAAGUGCGUGACCAACAGCUGGAAAACUUCAGGAAUCGAGAGUUCCCUGUCCUUCUGAACUGCGGCCUGUUCACCGAAGGCACGGACAUCCCUAACGUCGAUUGCGUCCUGCUCGCCCGGCCUACGCGGUCUCGGAACCUUCUCAUCCAGAUGAUCGGCCGAGGCCUACGCCUCUACCCCGACAAGAAGGACUGCCACAUCAUCGACAUGGUGUCCACCUUGGACACGGGAGUUAUCUCCACCCCAACUCUCUUUGGCCUGCAUCCCGACGAAGUUCUCAACAAAGAAAGCUCCAACGACUUGAAAAGCCGCGCAGCCCCUCCGCCCACCGAACCAGAGGAGACCCCAGAACCCGACCCCGAUUCCGAUCAAUCCAACCCCGGCGACGACUUCACCCUCGCCUUCACCAAAUACGACACCGUCUACGACCUCAUCCUCGACAUGAAACACGAGCGCCACAUCCGCUCCAUCAGUCCCUACUCGUGGGUCCGCGUCGGCCAAGACCGCUACAUCAUCAGCGACCAGCUCGGCUGGGUCGCCAUCGAAAAGAAAGACAGCGCCGCGGAACACGGCUUCCCCGACCCGCCGUGGAAAAUCCACCACGUCGCGCGCUUCGAGACCCCCGAGACCGAAAAGAAGCUGUUCACCCGGCCCCGGUUCGUUGCCGAGGCCGAGGACUUCGAAACCGCCGUCCACGCCGCCGACACCUUCGUCGCGUCCGUGUUCCCCGAACGCCGAAUCUCCAACAGUCAGGCCUGGCGACGCUUCCCAGCCACCAAGGUGCAGAUUGACUUACUGAACCGCGUCCCCCUCGUCAAGAAGAAGUUUAAGCCGACGGCCCAGAUCACAAAAGGCCAGGCGGCCGAUAUGAUCACGAAGAUCCGUUUCGGAGGGAUAAAGCGAUUCGAGACGGCCAGAGACGCACGAUUAAAGCAGGCGAAGAAGGAGGCGGACAAGAAAGCUCAAACGGCCAAGUUGUUGGAUCGAGCAACGGUUCGAGUUGGUCCGGUUCCUCGAUGACCUAACUGGUGGUGACCGGACCUAUCUAGACCAUCAUAUCUUGUAAUAUAACCAUGUAUGUAUACGGUAUUUGUUUGCUAUUAGGAGGGAAAAGGGUCCUUAGUAUGUAUGAAUGUGUAUAAUC